AUGUUCCUCGUCGACGUCUCCCCGUCGAUGGGGAAGAUGCGCGAGGUCGAGGCGUUGUUGCCAAAUGGUGAAACACAGACAGUAGAAAUGACCAAUCUCGAAGUGGCUCUUCAGUUUGUGAAGCUCAAAGUGCAAGAAAUGGUACGCAUGUGCGGCAGUUACGGCUUUCAUAUCCUUACUAUCUACCACGAACGGAAAACUGACCAGUGUGGUGUUAUCGUGUUUGGCUCCCGAAAAACCAACAAUCAUGUCAACCGCAAGCAAGGCGGCUACGAAAACGUCGACGAGCUCGUGCCCAUUUUGCAUCCCACCGCCAAAACCAUCGCACAGAUAUCCGAACUCAAUCCAGCUGAAGAAAUCGGAGACCCACUCGAUGCUCUCGUAGUCGGCAUCGAGACACAAGAUCAGUACUUGGGUAACAAGAAGACGUGGACUCGGAAAAUAGUUCUGCUCACUGAUGGUGAAAAUCCGAUUGAAAUUCAGCACUUAGAGAAGAUAGCGCAAAGGCUGAACGACCUGAAGAUUAAACUCACUAUCGUCGGCGUUGACUUCGACGAUGAGGAAUUCGGCUACGUGGAAGAGGACAAGUCUGACAUCAAACGUGAGAACGAAGAGUUCUAUCACACGCUAGUAGGGACUCUGGACAACGGCGUCGUCGGCAAUUGUACGGCUGCAAUUGAAGAGAUCUCCAGACCGGAGUCCAAGCAAACUAGGUCACAGCCAUCAGCCUCUGUCCUUCGUCUGGGUGACGUGGAGAACCAUCCCGAAGAAGCCAUUGAGAUCAACGUGAAGAUAAGCAAGUGCACAGCUCUGGUCCGCCCUAAGUCUUUCAAGAAGUUCGCCAGGAUCGGCGACGAAGACAUUGAAAUGCAGAAUCCAGGCGACGAUAGCGAGCCUACGGUCGAAUAUGGCCAGCUAACCAGAGAGAUCCGCUACGCCUUCGACCCUAGUGGCCGUCGCGAUGACGAGGAAGCAGAUCGAGACGCCGAGGAAGAGACAGAAAAGAAGGACGACCUGCAAGACGUCGAGAAGGAAGAGCUCAUCCGUGGAUACAAAUAUGGGUCGUCUUUCGUGCCUGUUCCCGAGAACAACUUCCCGAAGCUCGAGACGAAGAGAGGUAUGGAGAUUUGCGGAUUCUUCAAGGACGAGUUCUUCCGGCGCGAGUGGUCAAUAGGCGAAGUCCGGUAUGUGUUCGCAGCCGAUAAGUCCCCCUUGCAACAGGUGGCGCUCUCUAGCCUGGUAGAGGCCAUGUUCCAGGAAAUUAACGGCAAAGAAAUCAUGUACUACGCGAUCACUCGAUGGAUCACAACCGACGGCUCGGAGCCAAAGAUGGGCGUGCUGCAGCCUGUCAAAGACGAAUCGGCUAAUUACCUGUUGUGGGUUCAGGUGAGAGCAUCGCACAUGCCUUUCGCGGAUGACUUGCGAAAGUGGUCGUUCCCGUCGUUGGACCAACUGGUCAAUGGUAAGGGCCAGCUGGUGAUGACGCACCCAUAUCUCCCCACGGAGGAGCAGCUGGAAACAAUGGAGGAUCUUGUUGACGCGCUUAAUCUCAUGGAGGCUGGUGAGAAAGACGAGGAUGGGAACCGAACACCUUGGUAUGACACGAGGUUGUCCUACAACCCCGCGAUUCACCGCAUAAAGCAAGCCCAAUUUCACGCUGCUAUCGUGGAAGACUUGAACAGGCAGCCUCUGCCUCCGCCGCACCCCGAGCUGCUGAAAUAUUUUGAGCCCCCUCGCAGAGUCAUGAAGCGUGCUCGCCCUGCAAUCGACGCAGCGCGCGAGGCUUUCAACGUCAAAGAAGUGCCCAAGACGGUAGCCAGAAACCGCAAGGACGGACACGUUCGUGCGCGCGACGACGGCGACGACACUCUGCUCUUAGACAAGCAGCCAAACAAGAAAAUCAAGCUGUCUCAAACGCAGUCUCAACAUGUCUCCCGUUCGCAGCACAGGAGAGUAUCGCCGGCUACUCAGCGCAAGGUUCCGAAGAGAUCAGUGUCAGACGAUAGUGAGACCGAGCCAGAGCCCGAACCCAAAGACGAAGACGAGGAAGAACUGCUCCUGGACAAGAAGCCAAAGCAAAGAGGUACAUCUGCUGUGCCUGAGCACGACCACAUGCCGCCCACACCAGAAAGGUCUGUGUCGCCAGCACCGGAGAGAGACCGAGCUCCUGGUCGGAUCAUUGGCACGACCGAACCGCUCGAAGACUUUUACAAGAACAUCGCAAGUGGCGACUUGGUGACGAAGGCAGUCGAAGAUCUCGCCUUUGUAAUUCGGACGAUCGUCUUCAGGCCCUUCUCAGCGAAGCGCACGGAUGAGCUGCUCGAGUGUACGCGCGCGCUGCGCAAGGUGUCACUUGAGGAGGACGAGAUUGAUGCGUGGAACGAUUUCUUGCGCGACCUCAAACGCCGCUGUCUGGACGAUACCCCAGGGAACGAUUAUUUCUGGACCAGGCUCUCCGAUCUCGGACGCGAUAUGAGUCUCAUCGGCCAAUCCGAAGCGGAGCGACAAGGUGGCAGGUCCGACGUGUCCGACGCUGAGGCUGACGAGGUGCGUUUCCGCCGCGGGGUUACUCGUCCUCAGUUCACUGACAGGAUACCCAGUUCCUGGCAACCGGCAUGGCUGAUUGACCUGGCGUAG